UCGAAAUCGGAGCGGCGGCGAGCAGGAGCAGCCGAGCUCAACCACGCCGCCCCCAGGCCCCACACCCAGCCCCGCUCCCGCUUCCACCGUCGGCGACCUCGCCGGCGUCGGGACGCGGCCACCGAGGCCCCGCCCGCGGCCGCCUUCUCCCGGGCGUCAAGAGGUUAAUCCCCUGCGCCCCGAUUGUAACAAGGGGUUGGUUCCGUGAGGCUGGUGGGAGAUGGGGAUAGAGGAUUACCACGUGAUCGGGCUCGUCGGGGAGGGCUCCUUCGGGAAGGUCUACAAGGGGAGGCGCAAGUACACUCGCCAGACGGUGGCGAUGAAGUUUAUUUUGAAGCAUGGGAAGACCGAUAAGGAUUUACACAACCUUAGGCAGGAGAUUGAGAUUCUCAGGAAACUCAAACACGAGAACAUAAUUGAAAUGAUUGAUACUUUUGAGACCCCUCAGGAGUUUUGUGUUGUCACAGAGUUUGCUCAGGGUGAAUUGUUUGAGGUACUCGAGGAUGAUAGAUGCCUUCCUGAAGAACAAGUUCAGGCGAUUGCUAAGCAGCUGGUAAAAGCAUUGUAUUACUUGCAUUCCAAUCGUAUUAUCCAUCGGGAUAUGAAACCUCAGAACAUUCUUAUCGGGAAAGGAUCUGUUGUAAAGCUUUGUGACUUUGGGUUUGCUCGUGUCAUGUCAGCUAAUACUGUUGUAUUACGCUCCAUAAAAGGUACACCUUUAUAUAUGGCUCCUGAACUUGUGCGGGAACAACUAUAUAACCACACUGUGGAUUUAUGGUCCCUUGGGGUCAUCUUGUAUGAAAUGUUUGUUGGACAGCCCCCGUUUUAUACAAACUCAGUUUAUGCGCUUAUACGACACAUAGUCAAGGAUCCUGUGAAAUAUCCAGAUAAUAUGAGUGCAAACUUUAAGAGCUUUCUGAAGGGAUUACUAAACAAGGAGCCUCAAAGUAGAUUAACCUGGUCGGCAUUGUUGGAGCACCCAUUUGUCAAAGAUGAUUCAAUGGAAUCUGGAGCUGAUACCAGAACUGCACCUUUUGAAACUAAAUGUUCUGAGAAUAACUGUAAAGCUGAGGAGAUCCAAACUUCAAGGAUCCAAGCUUCUGCUGAUCCACAAAGUCAAAAUACUGUUAGCAAUACCGAGAAACUAAAAGAUAACAAAAACAUAGACCAUCAUGGCUCAUCUACUGGUACUGUUAUUGGAAGCAGUGCUCCCUCAGAGUUUACGGCUUUAGAUAAGCUGGAAAAAAAUUCACAAACAGUUACAGGCGCAAACAACAUUCUUGGAGAUGGAGAAGCACUGUUGAACAUUCUCAGCCCGAUCAGAAUUUGGUUGACUAAUCCUCAAAGCUCAUCCAGGGAACUGAACUUCGAUGGAGUAUAUCAGUCACUUCGAAUUGUUAAAAAUUUAAUCGAUACUGGGUCAUGCCACUCUUGUGCAGCAUCUGAUGGCAUCAUCUCUACAUUUCUUGAAUUUACUAGUCUCAUUAUCAGAAUUAAUCUUUCAGAUGCUUAUGGCCCUGCAGUUAAGUGCCUAGUGAUUGUACAAAAGCUACUUGGUACAAGUGAAGAUGUUUUUUUAAGUUCUUAUUACAGACACUGGUCCUCCCUGUAUAAACUUUAUUCUCAGAUCACUGUUUCUAGUGUUGAUCCAUCUGGAAGAGUAUAUCGUGAGUCAACUGCAUGCCUUGCCCUGAUGUUAUUUCGAGUUAUUUCUCGGCUGAAAGCAAGUAUGUCAUCUGAAGGCCCAAAGCAUGCUGAAGAAAGUCUCCUCAAGAUCAUUGAUCAUGCUAGGAGGUCGCUGUUGCUAGAACUCUUGUGCAAGUGUCUAAUUGCUUCAGGUUUAAGCAUAGUAUCAGGUUCUACUAACAUGGUACCUGCAGCAUGUGAGGCAUGCAAGGCUAUUUGGUAUCUAGCUCAUGCUGUUGACAUUAUGUCCAUUACUGCACACCAUUUCUCAUUUCCAUUAGCUAACUCAAGACAACAAGUUGAUUUAAAGCUGGAUGAUAAAUUGCAAGAGCAAGAUUCGAUGGCAGAUUCAAACGAUCUUAUAAAUAGAUUCUCGAAAUCAUUUCUAGGUUCUCAGCCAAUGCAGGUUGCAGUUUAUCACUGCUUGCAUAAUGGUCCAGAAUCGGCUAUUCAUGCCUCACUUCAGCUUAUUUCAAGGGCUUGUCUGCUGAAUGCGCCUUUCUGUGCUAUAAUUUGUUGUCCAUUGAAUCCACCAUCUGAUAUUAAUGAAGCAGAAUAUGGUGGAGACGGCACAAUAAUAUCUGAUAUGUUUUCUUUGUUAUCACUGUGUGGAUCAUAUUUAAAUAAGGAAUCCAAGGAGAACAUCAAUAAGAAAAGCAAACUAUCCAACCCUCAUGCUCUAGUAGUUCACUGCUGCCUUGCAUUAGCAGCAAUAGCAGCAAGUCUGAAGUUAGAGGGGAAAUCUUCAGCUUCAAUUAUCCUAACGAGCUCCCAGAAGAAACAGCGAUCUAGGCUUUCAGUUCUUGCACACCUUUCUUCAGUUGACGAUACAGUUAAAAUUUCCCUGCAGCCACAUUGUGCAUCUGCAAUGCUUGCAUUGUCAUCACUUAUCUCGCUUGAAAAUGGAGCGCAAACCAGAUCUUCUGUUUGUGAAACAGCUCUUGCUUUGUUUCCUCGUAUGGCAACACUUCACACACUACUGAAACUUUGGUUAUCUGAUGGAAGUGAGGCACUCUGUAGAUAUAAUGCUGGCCUGCUGAAUCUGUAUGGCCUCCGUGAUGGAAGUAUUGGGCUGUUGGAGACAAGAUUGAAAUGGGGUGGGCCAUUGGCCAUUGAGCAAGCUUGUUCAGUUGGCAUUCCACGGCUUCUAAUUCUACUGCUUACUGAUGGAAACUCAAAAGAGACCUCUGAAGUGAAAGAGAGUCCAGUACACCGCAGUGGAUUGUCACCAUUGGGAGUUGUAUGGACCCUUUCUGCUUUAUCUCAUUGCCUUCCUGGUGGAAUUUUCCGUGAAGUUUUGUACAGCAGGGAACAGUUAAAGCUUUUAACUGACUUGUUAUCUGAUAUACACCUCAAGGCAUUGGUAGCUUGGACAGGUCUUGGUGGUGGAAAGAGGGGAGUUCGGGAACUGAUAAACUCUGUGGUUGAUAUUUUGGCAUUUCCAUUUGUUGCAGUGGAGAGUUCUCCAAAUGUACCCUCAACAUCUGCAUCCAUCAAUAGUGGCUUCCUUCUCAACGUUGCAUCUCCUGGUAGAAGAAUUGGUACUGAGAAUAAGGAAAUGCUAAAAAUUAUCGAGCAUAACAUGCCUCAAUACAUUCAAGUUCUGUUAGAGGUUGGUGUUCCUGGUUCCAUACUUCAGAGUCUUGACUAUGUCGACGUGGAAGAUCUAGCAAGACCCUUGGCCAUUGUAGCCAAAAUGGUGCGCUACCGUCCUCUAGCCUUGCAGCUUCUUAAAGAAGGUCUUCUAAAUCCAAGUAGAGUAGCAGCAUUACUUGAGACUCCUACUACUGCAAAGGACACUUUGCUUGACUUCCUCAUGAUAAUUUCUGACCUUGCUCGGAUGUCGAAGGACUUUUAUGAACCCAUUAAUAAAGCUGGCCUUGUUGGAUUUUUGAAGAAGUUUUUAUCAAAUGAAGACCCUGAUAUAAGAGGAAAAGCCUGCAGUGCCAUUGGCAACAUGUGUCGUCACAACUCCUACUUCUAUAGUUCACUUGCAGCAAACAAGGUAAUUCACCUCCUGGUUGACAGAUGUUCUGAUCCUGACAAGCGCACUCGGAAGUUUGCAUGUUUUGCUGUCGGCAAUGCUGCAUAUCAUAAUGGCACUCUAUAUGAAGAACUCAGACGUUCCAUACCUCAACUCACGAAGCUACUUCUUGCUCCUGAGGAGGAUAAAACCAAAGGCAACGCUGCAGGGGCGCUCAGUAAUCUAGUGAGGAACUCUGAUCUACUCUGCCAAGACAUUGUCUCCCAAGGCGCAAUUCAGGCCCUGUUGAAGAUGGUCACUAGUUACUCUACAGUUGCCCUGAGCCCCCCCAACAGAGAUGUUCUUACUGAAUCGCCUCUACGGAUUGUGCUUUUUGCCCUGCGCAAGAUGUGUGACCACGCCAUCUGCCGGAGCUUCAUCCGAUCUUCGGAGCUCCUCCCGGUCAUCGCUCACCUCCGGCUGUCACCUGACCGGACGAUCUCCGAGUACGCUUCUGACAUCGGGACUAAGGUGCACCGAAGUUGAAGUUUCUCCGGGCAGGUGCAGUGCAGGUGUUCAUUUUUUUGUACACAGGGUAUGAUGUUCUUUAAUAUAUAAGGAUAGUGGUGCAGUAUAUGUUAUCUGUUUCUCACGGAUCAACCACCGAAUAUGUAUAUGUAUGUACAUAUGGCGCACAAAGAUUAUCCUUAAAUCUCUUGGUUACAUGAACGCUGCACACUUGCCAACCACGUGCGGAUGAUUGCACGUAGAACACUCCUCUGGACUGGUCCAAUUGGCUUGUUA